AUGUACAUCAGCAACGAGCCGCAGAACAACGGCCACUCGGCGAAGUACGCCUCGACCAACUCGAUUCCCUCGAUGAUGGAGAAGGAGUCGUCGUUCGCGAAGCUGAUCGGCGCUGUCGGCCGCAGGGACUCGAACGUGGUGUUGAGGGACAACAAGGGAAGACGGCACAGCGUGCUGGAGGAUCUGAAGGCACGACGGGACAGCCUGUUUCAGCGAGCGCGACGAGGCAGCGUCGCCGAGGAGAAGGAGAACGCGAACGCGAAGCAAGAGCGCAAGGAGAAGAGGCGGGCGAGCGAGUGCGUGAACAGGAGGUCCUCGGUGUUCUACGUGUCGCAGGAUCUGCUCGAGGAGAACCAGGAGCUGCUGGAGAACGAGAGGAUACAGCAGGCGGACAACGAGGCGAAGAAAGGACGCAGAAAGUCGUGGCACAUCCUGGCAAAGCCGCCAAAACUCGAUCGCAAGAGGAGAAAGGGGAUCGCCGGUGUGCCGAGCCAGGCCGGAAGUACCGACGGGCUUCACACGCACGCCAGACAGAAGAGGCCGUCCUGGUGGAAUAUAUUUGUGCCUGACUCCGUUGCCAGGUAUUUAUUACAACGCGUUCCCCCCCCCCCCACGUAUUCCGUUUAUACCGUCUUCCUUUGACAUACUCGCGAAAUGGACACAGGAUAUUUCUAAAUUUCUUCAUAUGUAUGAUAUGUGAGGUAUUGUGUGUAUAAAUUUCAUUAAAAUCAAGCAACAUGCGUCCGAAGUGGAAUGAUUUUGUUAGAACUAGUACAAAAUCAUUGGUCAUGAAAGCUUCCACGAUGGUUGCAUCAAUAUUCCAACUAGUACUAUUACUUACUGUUAGUUAUUAUUAUACUAAUAUAUAUUAAUAUAUAACUAAUAGUAUUAUGACCAGUUUGUUGUCACGAAAGUAUUCACUCAUGGUUGCACUAAUUUGUAUUUUUGGAAUUUUCAGUAGAAAGUCGACCGCUUUUGUCACUUCGCGAAGAUGA